AUGACGUGGCGUGAAGGUUCAAAUAAGCGUUCUAUGACAUGGCGUGAAGGCUCAAGUAAGAGAUCGUCUUCCGUGAGUUCAAGGCGAGAUUCAGAUAGAAGUUCCUCCAGAAUAAGCCGUAGUGAGUGGGAUACCACACCUACAACUUCGACUUCAAGAUUUUCAAUAGGUGGUCUUACUCCUCGAAAAGAUUACAAACCACCUAGAGAUUUUCCGACUCCACGCCUUGUUUCUUUUGAUUAUGAUGAAAUGGAAUAUAGAAAUCGUAACAAUCAAGAAGAAGAAGAAGUUAUUUGCGAAGAUCGUGAUAGACUUGAAUGGGAAGAGGAGCAAAAGCAAUUGGAUCGAGAGUGGUAUAAUAUUGAAGAAUCAUCUGGAGCUCUUGAUGAAGAGCACAAUCCUUUUGCAGAUUAUACAGAUUUUGUACAGAAAAAGGAAGAAGAACUUGCACAAAAGCAACUUAAAAAGCUGACUGCGAGGCAGGAACAGUAUAACAAAGAUAAUGAGCUAUGGGAAACGAAUCGAAUGCUGACGAGUGGUAUUGUGCAACGGAGGGAAAUAGAUUUGGAUUUUGAGGAUGACUCAGAGGCCCGAGUCCAUUUACUUGUUCAUGACCUUAAACCACCUUUUCUUGAUGGACGUAUGGUGUUCACAAAACAAUUGGAAGCUGUGCAAUCCGUCAAGGAUCCUACUUCUGAUAUGUCUGUUUUCUCUAGAAAGGGAAGCCAGCUCGUAAGAGAAAAGAGAGAGCAAAUUGAACGUCAAAAGGCUGCAAAAAACGUUGUCGAGGUUGCAGGCACUGCGCUUGGUAAUAUUAUGGGAAUUAAGCCAAGUCAUGAAGUUUCAACAGAGCAAAGCACAAAUGAAAUGGAAAAUCCGAAAGGUGAUUCACAAUUUGCUUCUCAUUUGAAAGCGUCUGAAGCAGUUAGUAUUUUUUCAAGGUCAAAAACUCUUCGUGAACAGCGUGAAUUUUUGCCAGCAUUUGCUGUUCGAGAAGAAUUGCUAAGAAUUAUAAGGGAUAAUCAGGUUGUUGGUGAGACAGGUUCUGGGAAAACUACACAACUUACUCAAUAUCUUCAUGAAGACGGAUAUAGCAAGUAUGGUAUUAUAGGUUGUACACAACCUCGUCGUGUUGCUGCUAUGUCUGUUGCUAAACGUGUUAGCGAAGAGAUGGAGUGUAAACUCGGAUCCACAGUCGGUUACGCCAUUCGUUUCGAAGAUUGUACUUCAGAAAGCACAGUAAUUAAAUAUAUGACAGACGGUGUUAUGCUUCGUGAGUCACUUAAAGAGUCUGAUCUUGACCAUUAUAGUGCAAUUAUCAUGGACGAAGCUCAUGAACGUUCCCUUCAGACUGAUGUUUUAAUGGGUUUACUAAGACAAGUCCUUUCUCGUAGAAGGGACAUUAAGUUGAUCGUCACGUCAGCAACUAUGAAUGCUGAAAAGCAAUUGGAUAAUCCGCCCCCAUUAGCAAUUUUGCCAAUUUAUUCACAGUUGCCUGCUGACCUGCAAGCUAGAAUUUUUGAAAAGACAGCUGACAAUGCUCGAAAAGUCAUCGUGGCAACUAAUAUUGCCGAGACUUCUCUAACCGUUGAUGGUAUAAUGUAUGUCGUCGACACAGGAUAUAAUAAGCUUAAAGUGUUUAAUCCAAAAAUUGGUAUGGAUUCCUUACAAAUUACUCCAAUCAGUCAGGCAAAUGCGAAUCAAAGAUCGGGUAGAGCCGGGCGUACCGGUGCAGGAACUUGUUUCCGUCUCUACACAGAACAAGCUUAUCAUCACGAAAUGUUUAUGAAUACAAUACCUGAAAUUCAGCGUACCAACCUUGCAAAUGUAGUUCUUUUACUUAAAUCCUUGGGAGUAAAGAAUUUAUUGGAUUUUGAUUUCAUGGACCCUCCACCUCAGGAUAACAUAUUGAAUUCAAUGUAUCAAUUAUGGAUUCUGGGUGCUUUGGAUAAUACCGGAGAGUUAACAUCUCUUGGUCGAAGGAUGGUCGAGUUUCCAUUAGAUCCCUCAUUAUCAAAAAUGUUGAUUAUGUCCGAGGAAUUGGGAUGUACGGCAGAAAUAUUGACCAUUGUAUCUAUGCUUUCUGUCCCGUCAGUAUUUUACCGGCCUAAAGAGAGAAUGGAACAGAGUGAUGCAGCUAGAGAAAAAUUUUUCGUACCUGAAAGUGACCAUUUAACACUUUUACAUGUCUAUACACAAUGGAAAUCUCAUGGUUUUCGGGAUGAAUGGUGUAUAAAACAUUUUAUUCAUUCUAAAGCAAUGAGAAAAGCUCAAGAAGUGAGAUCGCAAUUAAUGGAUAUUAUGAAAGCAGAGAAGAUGGAAAUAGUCUCUUGUGGUACUGAUUGGGAUGUAGUGCGAAAAUGUAUUUGUUCUGCAUACUUUCAUCAAGCUGCAAGAGUAAAAGGAAUUGGAGAAUAUGUAAAUUGUCGUACUGGCAUGCCUUGCCACCUUCAUCCAACAAGUGCAUUAUAUGGCCUUGGUUAUACUCCUGAUUACAUUGUUUAUCACGAAUUAGUAAUGACAUCUAAAGAAUAUAUGCAGUGCGUUACUGCUGUAGACCCAUAUUGGUUAGCAGAAAUGGGACCCAUGUUUUAUUCAGUGAAAGAGAAGAAUUUUACGCAAAAGGAAAAGCGAGCAGCCAACAAAACGGAAAUGGCCAAGAUGACUAUGGAAAUGCAAAUUAAAAUAGAUCGAGAGAAAGAGGAAGAGGUGGAAAAGGAACUGCAACGUAAAGCGAUUGCAACACCUAAACGUUCUAGAAUUAUUCUACCCGGAAAGAGAGAACCUGGAACGCCUUCAAGAAGGAGGGGAUUUGGGCUUUAA